AUGGCUCGGAUAACGGGAAAUGCUUACCAUUUCUGGAUGUUUUACAUGUCUGUAUUUGAUCUCUGGAGUGUCGCGUCGGGGCAGAUUGUGUACUCCGUGUCGGAGGAGACAAACCCAGGCACCGCCAUCGGAAAUCUGGCAAAAGAUUUCAGCCUUAAUGUGCGGGAUCUUGAGCGCAGAGAGCUUAACAUCGUGUCUGGACCUAAUAGAAAAUAUUUCGACUUAAAUAGGAGAACGGGGAUUCUUCACGUUAAAGAGAGAAUAGACAGAGAGGAGCUAUGCGGACGGAGCCCCAAGUGUUCUUUGCCAGUGGAAGCCAUUGUGAAUUCGCCAUUAAAUAUAUACAGGUUUGAGGUGAAUGUUUUAGACAUCAACGACAACGCACCUUCGUUUCGUUCAUUGUCAAAAGACUUGAAUAUAUCUGAACUUGCUCUUCCGGGGGAGAGAUUUGCUUUACCUAGUGCGUAUGAUCAGGAUAUAGGUAGCAACUCGGUAAAAAGCUAUAAGCUGAGUCCGAAUGAACAUUUCUCUCUGGAAGUCCCGAGUGGAGGAGAGCAGAGUGUAUCUGCUGAGUUGGUGCUGCAGAAAGCUUUAGAUCGAGAGAAACAGCCUGUUAUCCAACUCACACUGACCGCUGUAGACGGAGGAAAACCCCCCCGAUCCGGGACGAUACAGAUAAAUAUUAACGUUGAGGAUAUCAACGACAACAUUCCCGUUUUUGACAAACCUCUUUAUAAGACCCGUGUCAGCGAAAAUGCACCAUAUGGGACGUCUGUCAUUACUGUUCAUGCCACAGACACAGAUGAGGGUCUAAACGGCGAAGUCAUCUACUCUUUCAUAGACAACGACAACGACAACGGCCUUGAUGUAUUCUCUAUAGAUCCGGAAACCGGGCUGAUCACAGUUAAAGGAAAUGUGGAUUAUGAGGCUGCCAGUGCUAUUGAGUUCAGGGUACAAGCUAAAGACAAAGGUCACAAACCGAGAUCCGCAUAUUGUAAAGUGUUAGUAGAAAUAGCUGACAUUAAUGACAAUAUUCCAGAAAUAUCCGUGACUUCUUUGGUUAAUAUGGUGAGAGAGGAUUCAGCUGUUGGCACCAUGGUUGGAAUGAUAACUGUGUUAGAUGACGAUUCUGGUAAGAACGGUCAAGUUAAUUUAAAGAUUCAACAUUCUGUUCCAUUCAAAAUCGUAAAUUCUUAUAAAAAAUAUUAUACGCUAGUAGUGGACGGGCCUCUAGACAGAGAGAGUGUUUCUCGUUAUAAUGUCAGUAUAACAGCUACUGAUGAAGGGACCCCACCUCUCUCUAGUACAGCUGUUAUUACUGUACACAUCUCUGAUGUAAAUGACAACUCACCCAGAUUUCCAGAGCCCAUAAUUAAUGUUUAUGUGAAAGAGAACAGUGAGGUAGGAGCUGUUAUAUCUACAAUAUCUGCUUCUGAUCCAGAUGUUGGCGAUAAUGCGAAAGUUGUCUAUUCAAUACUCGAUAACUCAUCCAAAAGCACCCCGGUGACGACAUUUGUGAACAUAGACUCGGACAGCGGAGAUAUACGCUGUCUCCAGUCCUUUAACUAUGAGGAAAUGAAGACGUUUGAGUUUAAAGUUCAGGCCACAGACUCUGGUGUUCCUCCGCUGAGCAACAACGUUACUGUAAAUGUUUUUAUUUUGGAUGAAAAUGACAACAGUCCGGAGAUUCUCCCGCCCUAUUCAGAGCACGGCUCCCUUAACACCGAAAACAUUCCCUAUUCUGCCGAAGCAGGCUACUUUGUGGCCAAGAUCAGGGCUGUAGAUGCCGACUCAGGUUAUAAUGCACUGCUUUCCUUUCACAUUUCGGAACCGAAAGGAAAUAAUCUUUUCCGAAUCGGAACCAGCAACGGUGAAAUAAGGACUAAGAGGCGAAUGAGUGACAAUGACUUCAAAACCCAUCCGCUGGUGAUUUCAGUUUCUGAUAACGGAGAGCCCUCACUUUCAGCAACUGUGUCUAUUGAUGUUGUUGUUGCUGAGAGCACAGGUGACACUCAGAUUCCAUUCAGACAUGUGCCCAUAAAAGAGGACAGUUUUUCUGAUUUAAAUCUUUAUUUGCUGAUCGCCAUUGUGUCAGUGUCUGUAAUCUUUUUACUGAGCCUCAUUAGUCUGAUAGCUGUAAAGUGUCGCAGGACUGACAGCAGCUUCGGCAGGUACGGUGCCCCAGUCAUUACAGCACAGCCCGACGGGAGCUGGUCUUACUCCAAAGCUACUCAACAAUAUGACGUGUGUUUUAGCUCUGACACCCUUAAAAGUGACGUCAUGGUUUUCCCAGCGCCAUUUUCACCUGCAGAUGCGGAACUGAUCAGUAUUAAUGAAGGGGACACUUUUAACCGGACACAAACACUCCCUAAUAAAGAGAAGGUAGGGGCAUUUUCGCAGUAG